UUCAAGCCGGGGGGGCGGGGUUGGAUAUAUACCUCCGACUCCAGGCCACAAGCUACACUGAGACUGGACCCACUUGCAGUGCAAGGACCACAAGCAAGAAGACUCCGAAGCCGGGAGUAGAAGUACCAACAUUUAUCCUGGAGCUUAGAGAGAAAAGACAAGCGAGACCACAACGUUUGGUUCUACGGACUGUCUGCUGGAGCUCCGAUUCAACCCAAUUUGUCACCCCGCUAUACGCCAGUUUCUCUGGAUAUAGCAUCUAAACGAAGUUGGUAGUAAACUCUUUGGAGUUUGGUUAGAGUCGAAUUAUUUUUUCUUUGCUUGUGAGAGUGGACUGCACUGAAACUUGGGAUCGACCCACUUGGGUCGGGUUUGGACCUGGCGCAUUCUUUCAGCGGCUUCAAACACUGCGAAAGUUUUUGGCCAGAGCACAGAUCUGAAGACUUUGAGUCGAGUCAGACUUUGAGAAACACUCAGCAGCUGCUACCCGAGUCCUGAAGACCUCAGGACGACCGGUCAGAGAGCCACUGACGAGACUUCAAAGAAGAGUUUUCAAGAUCCCUCUUUGAUACAGACAUGACUGACUGUCUGAUGCACUAAAAUCUACUAAUCCAACAAUUCUUCAGAGGGUUUGCGAAGACAAACUAAAGAUCUGGAACAAGUGCAGUAACUUGCAACAAAGAAGUCAAAUAAACAACGUAGUCGAACCAGAAAUCGCAGAUUCGACAUCAACACCGUCCUCUUGCAAGGCCGACCCAAUGGCGCGGUCAGCUCUUACCGGCCCCUGUGUGGCCCUCGUCCUACUCUUCUUCGGUUUGACCUCCGGCACUCCCUCCGGCCCUGCCUCCGCAACCUGCGCCACCUUGGAGCAAAGCCGCUUCUUCGGUGUGUUCUCCUCGACAACCACGCUGCCCUCAACGCCAUGCUCCUGGACCCUGCAGAACCCCGAUCCUCGCCGCUACACAGUCUACAUGAAAAUCACCAAGCCCACUGACUCCUGCGUGCCCCGCCAGAUCAGAACCUUCCAGUUCGACUCCUUUAUCGAGACCUCUCGCACCUACUUGGGUAUGGAGAGCUUUGAUGAGGUGGUCCGGCUGUGCGACGCUUCAACCACCGUCACCUACCUGGAGUCGAGCAAGCAGUUUCUGCAGAUCCGCAAAGUGGCACCAAGAAAUGCUCUGGCGAUCGUGGAGGGAGAGAAUGAUGUCAGCGAGUUCAAGGCUGAGUUUCUGGUUGUAGGGAAGAGGAACCCAAGCAUGCCUGCCUGCCAGAUGUUGUGCCAGUGGCUGGAGAAGUGCCUGUCCAGCAGCACCCAUGGUUAUCCCUGCGGCAUCAUGAACACCCCCUGCCAGUGCUGGGAGGCACCAAAGAGGAAGCCAGGAAGCUGCUACAGAGGUGGCGUCUACGUAGAGAAAUGCACCCCUGUACCCAAAGACGUCGGACGCGAUGCUGAGAUCAUCAAAGGCUGGGCUGACUGGAGCCGCUGGUCUGUGUGUAGCCAGGAAUGUGGUGGUGGAGUCCAGGUGCGUAACCGAGCCUGCCAGCCUGAUGACGCUGUGUGCGAGGGAACAGUUGAAGAAGGGCGCGCUUGCAACCCCCAGCCAUGCAUCGGCAAAGAACGCAGCAGAAGUCAGGGUCUGCGGGCUAUCGUCGGUCUGAAGAGAGACAAUACUGAUGAGUCCAGCUAUGGAGCUGUUGCCCCUCAAACAGAAACCAAGACGGAUGAGUGGUCCUCCUGGAGUGAAUGCUCAGUUUCCUGCGGAGAGGGCUCGCAGAGCCGUUCACGUGUCUGUGCCACUUCCUCCUAUACCACCCAGUGCACCGGACCCCUGAGGGAGAGCCGGCCAUGCAAUAACACAGUCGUUUGCCCUGUGGAUGGUGCCUGGGAUGAGUGGACCCCCUGGAGCUUGUGCUCCUCCACGUGCGGCCGUGGUUAUCGUGAUCGUACCCGCAAAUGUAAGCAGCCCCAGAAUGGGGGAGAGCCUUGCCGCGGCGCCUCAAGACAAACCAAGUUCUGCAACAUUGCUGUCUGCCCAGUGGAUGGAUCUUGGAAUGAGUGGUCUGCCUGGACUACUUGCUCUGCCUCUUGCUCCAACGGCACCAUGCAAAGAACAAGAGAGUGCAACGGGCCAUCUUAUGGAGGAUCAGAGUGCCAUGGCAGCUGGAAAGAGUCAGCCAACUGCUUUCUUAAAGAUUGUCCAGUUGACGGACGCUGGCAUGCGUGGAGCUCUUGGGGCAGCUGCAGCAAGACCUGUGGUGGAGGCAUCCAGCAGAGACAGAGAGUCUGUGAAGGGCCAUUCUUUGGAGGAGAACCUUGCCCCGGUGAAAAGGGGGAACAGAAGCGCUGCAACGAGAAGCGAUGCCCUGAGCCACAUGAGAUCUGCCCUGAGGAGCACACCGGAGAUGUUGUGUGGAAAAGAACUCCUGCAGGAGAUAUGGCUGCCAUUGCAUGCCCCGCUGAUGCCUCAGGUCUGAUUCUGCGCCGCUGCACCCUUGAUGCCGUAGGGCUUGCUUCCUGGGAGAACCCAUCUCACGUCCACUGUGUUUCCAAGAACUAUGAGAACAUUCAGACUCUGUCAAGGGAUUACAUCUCUAAAGCACAAAUUGGCCAAAGCGUGGAUGGCGUUGCUGAGGUGAUUUCACGCCUGAGAUUCUCAUCUGAUGAGGGGGCCAAGUACAGCGGUGAUCUCUUGGCUGUCAUGGAUAUCCUGAGGAACACCACUGAACUGUACCAGGGAACCAGGCUGAGACUGAGUAACGCUGAUGUUGAGAAUUAUGUCCAGACCAUCAGUAACUUGCUGAAGGAGGAGCACCGUGACAAAUGGGAAGAGGCACAGCUGAUGGGUGCCACAAUCAAAGACUUCCUCCGCAUAGUUGAAGACUUUGUGAACAUGAUCGGUUUGCAAAUGAGCGGCUUCCAGGACAUCUAUGAAGUCACCGAGAAUUUAGUGUUGAGUAUCCACAAGCGCCCCACGACCACAAGUUCCAACUUCACAUUCCCUGUGAAAGGCUGGAGGGGCAUGCUGGACUGGGUCAGGAAUUCUGAGGAGAAAAUCUCUGUGUCCCGUGACGCACUGUCCAUCAAACAGUCUGAUGGCAACGAUCCUUUUGUGACUGGCAUUGUCCUCUACAGAAACCUUGCUUCUAUUAUGUCCUUCCAGAGUAACACAACGCUGAUCAACUCCAAGGUGGUGUCAGUAAUUGUCAAACCCACCCCGACUCUCCUGUCAACCCCUGUUGAGAUCGAGUUCCCCCACCUCCACAAUGGUACAACGAACGAGACGUGCCUGUCAUGGGACGAAAGCGAAUCCUCCUCUCUGCUUGGGUCUUGGUCUGCUCGGAGCUGCAGAGCGGUGCCCGUUCAUUCAUUCAGAACCAAAUGCGUGUGUGACAGCCUCUCCACCUUCGCCAUUUUAGCGCGCGUCAACUUCGACUCGAUCAUGGACAAAGCACUGCUCCCAUCCGUGACUCUCAUUGUUGGCUGUGGGGUCUCUUCUCUCACCCUGCUGCUCCUUAUCAUCAUCUACGUCUCUGUGUGGAAGUACAUUCGCUCAGAGCGCUCCGUUAUCCUCAUCAACUUCUGCCUCUCCAUUAUAUGCUCCAAUGCCCUCAUUCUUAUUGGCCAAACUCAGGCUCGCAAUAAGGUGGUCUGCACCCUUGUGGCAGCCUUGCUCCACUUCUUCUUCCUCUCCUCUUUCUGCUGGGUGCUGACAGAAGCUUGGCAGUCUUACAUGGCCGUCACUGGUCGUCUGCGCAACCGCAUCAUCCGCAAGCGUUUCUUGUGCUUGGGCUGGGGCCUUCCCGCUCUGGUGGUUGCUGUGUCUGUGGGUUUCACUAAAGCAAAGGGAUACGGCACCGUCAACUACUGCUGGCUGUCUCUUGAGGGUGGGCUCCUCUACUCCUUUGUUGGUCCUGCAGCAGCUGUUGUUUUGGUUCGUACUCUGACUUUAAUGUCCCAGUCCUCAACGGUGAACAUGGUCAUUGGCAUUCUUGUCUUCAACAAGCUUGUAUCCAAGGACGGCAUCACCGAUGUGAAACUGAAGGAGAGAGCUGGAGCAUCACUGUGGAGUUCCUGUGUGGUUCUGCCCCUCUUGGCCCUCACCUGGAUGUCCGCUGUCCUGGCCAUCACAGACCGGCGUUCGGCUCUGUUUCAGAUCCUCUUUGCCGUCUUUGACUCCCUGGAGGGUUUCAUCAUUGUCAUGGUGCACUGCAUCCUGCGCAGAGAGGUUCAAGAGGCUGUGAAGUGCAGAGUAGUUGACCGCAAGGAUGAUGGAAAUGGAGACUCUGGCAGUUCCCAUCACAAUAGCCACCCCCAGCACAUGCAGUCUGAUAAUGAAAAAGAUGGAGAUUCAAGCAGACAAGGCAUGCUAAGCUCUUCUGACGAGAAGAUGGCCCCUCCUCAGCUGCCUCUUCCCAUGGGCUCCAACUUCCACACCCUGCCAUCCAAGAGUAGUCACAUGCAGGCGGUUCCCGAGUACUCCAGCCACACCCUGACCCUGAAGAGAGAGAAAAGCCGUCUGGCAGGAGGAGUUGACCCAUCCUGCGGGAAACCAGUAUACGUCUGCGAGGGGGAGCUUUUCCAGCAGCUGGAUGUGGAUCUCGCCCAUGCUCAGGCCGAGGGCAGCCUGUCUGACGGCAGUGGCUAUGUUCUCAUGCCAAAUACUACCUCCACCCUGAGGUCCAAGCCUAAAGAUGACACCACAAAAUACAACAUCAAUGUGGAGCAGCUGCCUCAGGCCAGACUCAUGCACCUCGGCGGGCCCUUCGCUGAGCCCCAGGCGGCCUUCGGGAUGUCAUCAAUCCCACCUGAUCAAGUCAGCAUGUCGUAUUCAGAGAGAGACUCGCCCAUCCAGAACAUCCACAACAUGUCCAGCGAAUCUCACAUCACCCACAGCAGCUUGGAGAACACCUUCGAGUCUAUGAACUCCAUGAUGUCCAAGAGUGAGACCAUCUCCACCCUGUCCAUGAGCUCUUUGGAGCGACAAAAAUCACGCUAUGCAGAGUUGGACUUUGAGAAAAUAAUGCACACCAAGAAACGCCAUCAGAACAUGUUCCAGGACCUUAACAGGAAGCUGCAUCACGCUGAGAAAGAUAGAGAGUCCCCUGCUUCUGACAGCAAGUCUGUGAGAUGGAGUGUGUCAUCAGGAGGAAGUGACAAAACGAACCACAGCGACAAACAGCAGGCUCCUCUGGAGAGGCCAUGGGAAGGAGUCCGGGGAAUGCAGCAGUCCCCCCCUGCAUGGGUGCGCAAAGACCUGGAGCCCCUAGCUGCCUCGCCACUGGAGCUGCACUCUGUGGAGUGGGAGAAGGCCGGCACCACUAUUCCCCUGGUGGGGCAGGACAUUAUCGACCUGCAAACUGAGGUCUGAGGGGGGAGUAAGGGGCUAGCAAAGCCACUUGAUUUCACCUCAGUCACCUUUUUUGGUUUGGGAAUGGGAUCCUGUAUGGAUAGAGUAGAGGAAGCCAAAAAAGGGAAGGAAUGAGAUCCCAGAAUCUGUGUCUUCAAACCCUCAGCCUGAGCAGGAAGGGAGGGGUAGAAGGAGUGAUGGGGGAGUGGUGGUGAUAGUGAUGGGAUGUAUAAUGUAGCUUCUCUGUGUGGACUCUUAUAAGAGUGCUCUUAAGGUCAAAAUGGUUAGCGGAGCAACCAGCGGAGUCCAUGGAGCAGGACUGUCUGUGGUUUCAUUAACGCCUAACUGGGAGUUACCUGAACCCUGCAGCCUGAGUGUCAGAAGAUGUGGUCGACAUGUCUGUGCUUCUUUUCUCCUUCGACUCAGCCUUGGAGAAAAAUGAACAAACAUUGAAACGGCAGGUCCUCCCUGUUUCUUGGGGAGGGGGGGCACACCCGGAACUCUUAGCUGCUCUGUUUGCAGCCAUGUUACCUUCCAAAACAUGACGAGGCAAGAGAGCAUAAUGGGGGCAGUUUCAUGCUAUAGUACUGUGCACUUUGGUUAAUGGGCACAUACAUUUUGAUUUUGUGCAGUGGGUUAUGAUUUUUGUUUCCUGUGUAUUUGAUACUUCUGCUUUGCACCUGGAUUCAUGUCUUCAGAGCUGAAAAUGAGACUCUCUGCAGAGAAUACCACUCCUUUACUGGAGGAUAAUCAUGCUGAUAGUGUUUUUCACUGUUGUUAUCACCAUGGUUAUUUUUAUUAUUAUAAUUAUUCUCAAAAGAUUAUUGUUUUUGUCAUUGUUAAAUAUAUAGGCUAUACUUUUUUCCUUCCUCAAUGACUGUCAAGUUGGAGAUUUUUUUUGUUUAUUUUUUUUAUUGUGAGCUACAUCAUAUGUGUCCAAAAACAGAAGGAUGAAAUGCAUCCGUAAAGUGUUACGAGCCCAUAUGGACUGCAUCGGGACAAACGUACGGAGUGGUGAUGGAGGUUCUCUAAUCAGCAUUUCCUGGUUUCCCAAGUAUUCUGCUUGGCCACCAGUGACCGGCACCAGUAUGAACACAGACUCUCACACAGGAAGAGCAGUGCACUCUGGGAAUAGCUUGAUGGAAAUACGAGACGGUGGAGGAAAAAUCCUCCCUUAGCUGGCACAAGAUGCAGGCUCUUCCAUGUUGUACAUGUGGAAUCAAGGGAUCAGCGAAGCCUUUCAUCAUCGCCCUUUAGUUUCUCAGCCUUGCAGGACUCUUGGACUGAGCAGAGGCGCCUGACGCUGAUUUGACUUCCAGUGCGGCGUUAGGUCCUCAAAGACUUUAACACAUUAGUGUUUUCAACCAUCAGUGUGAAAUAGUGCAAUAUGAUGGGCGCUUGAUGCUCAAGCAAGACUGAUAUUGUGAUUUAGACAGUUUUUCUUACCAAUGUUUCAAAAAUUUUAUACCAUCAUAUUUACAGAGCAAAGAAAUGCUUUAGGGUAAUAUUGUAUGACAAAUCUGUACUAGUAAUUCAAGGAAUUUAUUCUCUAGAGAUUUGUUUGCAGAUGACUCCAUAUUUGGAGAGCUCUGUGACUGGUAGAUUAUUGUACUUCGAUAAAACAAACAUAAUAUAGAUUGAAUGAUAGCCUAUGAUUAUCUCUUAACUGUGCUUCAGGAUGUUUGUCAUUACUCUCAGCUGUGUAGCGAUGGGUAAUAGAACCUCAUGUCUUCUGUAACGAUAGUGUUACUGUUUACUCAGCAGUAUGUACCACCAGCCAAUUUCAUUGUCACUCAGAAUUCCUCUGUCUAGCCCAAUUCAUACCUCAAGUUACGUGUGUUGAAUACCCGACUGUAUUACCUUGUCACAAUGUUGUUUAUUAUGUUCUGUUUUAUCACCUUUAAAUGUACAGUUUUCACAGCACAACAUGAAUGUGA